AAUAACCAGCCAAAAUGAUACCUGGAGGUUUAACUGAGGCCAAACGUGCCACUCCAGAAAUCCAGGAGAUUGCUAACAAGAUUAAACCACAGCUUGAAGAAAAAACAAAUGAGAAUUAUGAAGAAUUUGAAGCUGAAGAGUAUAAAACUCAAGUAGUUGCUGGAAUAAAUUACUACGUUAAGAUACGAGUAGGCGAAAAUCGUUAUAUUCACAUGAAAGUAUUCCAAAGUCUUCCUUAUCAAAAUCAGGAGUUGAAGCUUUCUGGUUACCAGACUGACAAAUGCAAGGAAGAUGAGCUGACCGGCUUUUAG